CCCCCGGAGACCGGCCUGUGACGGAGGCAGGGAGCAGUUUCCCAGAGUUCAUUGCGGCAUCAUGGCGGACGGCAGAGAGAAGGCGCUGCAGGACUACAGAAAGAAACUCCUGGACCAUAAAGAGGUGGACGGACGGUUAAAAGAGUUGAGAGAGCAGCUGAGGGAACAGACCAAACAGUAUGAGAAGUCAGAGAAUGACCUGAAGGCUCUGCAGAGCGUGGGACAGAUUGUUGGAGAGGUUCUCAAACAGCUCACAGAGGAGAAAUUCAUUGUGAAGGCCACCAACGGUCCUCGAUAUGUGGUGGGGUGUCGCAGACAGUUGGAUAAAUCUCAGCUGAAGCCCGGCACCAGAGUGGCUCUGGACAUGACCACCCUCACCAUCAUGAGGUACCUGCCCAGGGAGGUGGACCCUCUGGUGUAUAACAUGUCUCAUGAGGAUCCUGGUAGUGUGUCAUACUCUGAGAUUGGAGGACUGUCUGAACAGAUCAGAGAGCUGAGAGAGGUGAUCGAGCUCCCCCUGACCAACCCUGAGCUCUUCCAGAGAGUCGGCAUCAUCCCUCCUAAAGGCUGCCUGCUGUACGGACCUCCAGGUACGGGGAAAACUCUGCUGGCCCGGGCUGUAGCCAGUCAGCUCGACUGUAACUUCCUCAAGGUGGUGUCAAGCUCCAUCGUGGAUAAAUACAUCGGAGAGAGCGCCCGUCUGAUCAGAGAGAUGUUUAACUACGCCAGAGACCACCAACCCUGCAUCAUCUUCAUGGACGAGAUUGACGCCAUCGGUGGCCGGCGUUUCUCUGAGGGGACGUCAGCUGACAGAGAGAUCCAGAGGACCCUGAUGGAGCUCUUGAACCAGAUGGACGGCUUCGACACGUUGCACAGAGUCAAGAUGAUCAUGGCCACCAACAGACCCGACACUCUGGACCCAGCCCUGCUCAGGCCCGGCAGGCUGGACCGCAAGAUCCACAUCGAGCUGCCCAACGAGCAGGCUCGUCUGGACAUCCUGAAGAUCCACUCCAGCCCCAUCACCAAACACGGAGAGAUCGACUUUGAGGCCAUUGUGAAGCUGUCAGAUGGAUUUAACGGGGCUGAUCUGAGGAACGUCUGCACAGAAGCAGGUCUGUUUGCAAUCCGUGCCGACCGUGAGUAUGUCACUCAGGAGGACUUCAUGAAGGCCGUGAGGAAGGUGGCGGACUCGAAGAAGCUGGAGUCCAAACUGGAUUAUAAACCUGUAUAAAUCUGAUCUUUCGUAUGUUUGCUGUGAACUUUCUUCUUCAAUGAAUCAAAUCUUUGUUUAUGUUAAAAAGGUAACCCUGCUCCCGUCACAGUGACUCAUUUUUCCAUUGGAUGGUGUUCACACUGAAGCACACGCUCUGUACAUUGACUUCAUGUCGUGAAAUAAACAUUAUAUCCUCUCUCUGAA